UCAAAAACAAAUUAUUCGUCAACUGGUUACUUUAAAUGCUCGAGUUAAGGAGCAAGGUGAAUAUCUACACACUAUCAUGAUGAUUGUAUGCGAUGUGCAAGAAAAACAAAAACUUUUAAUUCAACCGAAUACAGCAUUAUUGAAUAAUCAUGAGUUUGAAAGUGCUUAUAAAAUGCUUCCAAUACAAAAUGAAGAUUCAUUGAAUAGCUUGAAACACAUUUUAUUAUGUGAUGAUGCUGUAUAUGAUCAAACUGUAAAUAUGUUGUCCAAAAUUGGCGGAUCCAGUUAUAAAGAGACUAUAAGAAGAAUUUUAAGAAAACUGAUGACUGAUGAAUUUGCUAAGUCGUACAGCUAUACUGGUCAUAAGGGCAAUAAAAAUGCAUUUAAUAAAACAGUAUUAUGUUCUCUACUACUAAAAGCAGUGCAUUCUUCUUCUUUUAACACCACCACAAUCAAAGAGAUAGAAACUGUUGCUAGUAUUUGGCUCACAAAAGCAAGUGAACGACUUAAAACAACACCAGCUGAUUGCUAA